AUGAGCCUCCUUCGAAAUGGCCUCUUAUCCAGGGCCUCGACCUCAUCAACCUUCACCCUGCGCCGACCGAUAACCCCCAGAUCCCAACCCCAGAUAUUGCGCCGAGCACGCCCACAACGUCGAUACAAUUCCGACUCCCCUACAGGGAAGACGCCUGCCGAGAGAAAAACCACACCUUCACACCCACCGCACUCGCACCAUUCAACAUCCUCAACUCCACCCAAGCUGCCGGACCCAACUUCCGCUGCCACAGCCGCAGCCGGAGUAGCAACCACACCCGUGCGUCGUGGAGUCCGCGAGGUGAUAAAGGCGGGUCCGGUGGGGAAGUUCGGAAGAUGGUAUGCGCGCGCGCAGGACCGCAAGCCAUACACGACGCAGUUCUGGAGCUCGAUUGUUAUCUACCUGUGUGGUGAUCUGAGCGCGCAAUUGUUCUUCCCUUCUGAGGUUCCUGCGCCUGCGAAAUCGGACUCUGAGGAUGGGGAUGUCUUUGCGCAGGGGGAUGGGGAAACUGUGAGCGCUGGUUAUGAUCCGCUUAGGACGCUGCGGCAUUUAUGUGUUGGUGCUGGGUCGAGUAUUCCGUCUUAUAAGUGGUUCAUAUUCCUCGGCAACCAUUUCAACUACUCGAGCAAGUUCCUUUCGAUCCUGGCGAAAGUCGUCGUGCAGCAGUCGUGCUUUACACCUGUCUUCAAUACAUACUUCUUUGGCGUGCACUCUCUGCUUGCUGGUGCGACGCUCGACGAGACCUGGGAGCGGUUGAAGAAGGCUCUGCCCGUUAGCAUCCAGAACAGCGUCAAGCUCUGGCCGGCUGUUACCGCGUUUAUGUUCAUGUACGUGCCGCCGCAGUUCCGGAACAUCUUCUCCGGGUGCAUUGCGGUGGGCUGGCAGACAUAUCUGAGCUGGUUGAAUCAGAAGGCUGCUAAAGAGGUUGCGGCUGCUGAGGCGCUUGCUGCGGCAGAGGGGAUGGGUGUUGGUGCGUUGCAUGCUGUUUCAGGUGGGAAUAUGAUCUCUGCUGGGACUGCAUGA